GGCUUUAUCUUCUCUGUUCCACAAGCCCCUUCAACUUCUGCUACUGCCAAUGCCUUAGCAAUCACAGAAAGCCUAGAUUUUGCCUUACUUCCUUGACUAAUCAAAUCAGAGAAGAAGCAUGUGAGAUAUUCGGGGUGAUCUCAGAUUGAAAUCCCCAGUCACAAUGGUGCAUUUAUCAAUCAGAAAUAUCCAGGCUGCCAACAUGAUCUUCUCCUCCUGGGCCUUAGUCUUCUUGGCCAUAGGAAUCAUCAUAGAAGAAUGGGCAGAACUGACAUUUGAACCAAAGCAACAUAAACUAAUCCAUAAUCCAUGGAUAUGCUGCAAUCCUAUUUGGCCAGAAGGUAGAUUGGAGGUGGUCAGGAACUUGCUGAUUUUGGUCCUCAACCUUUCCUUCUUCCAUAACUUGCUCCUGGGUCUUGAAUUCACCUAUAUGAUUCCUCAAACUAAGCUCAUUCUCUUCAUGACGGCCUACAUUGCUGUCCUCACAGGUAACUUUCCAUCACUCCUAACACAGGCUUGGAGGCAUAGGGUUUGUAUCUUUCUGUUCUGUGCGCUCAUACUGUAUCAACAAAAGCUAAAGGAAGGUGAAUCCAUGUAUUACUCUGGUUAUAGGAUCACCUGGAUCAUUUUCAUCACCUACAUAAAUGUUUUCCUCUUAAUUGUCUCUGGAUUCCUCUCUUUCCUACAGUACAAGCAUUGCAUCGAUGGUUGUGCCUGGCUAACCAACAUCCCUAAGUCUGCCAGAGAGAGUCAGGUUAUGGAGCCAUCUGGGGCUUCUAUCAAAGUUAUUUCAUUACCAGCAAGCAGGGAAAUGCCUCGCAGUAUUGUCCGUGUGCACUCCGCUCAUGUAAAAGAAGCUUCUCCAAACAAAGCACACAUCCAAGCACGUCGUGUAACCUGGGCUGUAUGAUGUGACAGUUUAUUUUUCAGUGUAUAUUCCUCAUAAUGGAAACAGCCUAUGUGUAUGUGCCGUGUGUGUAUCCAACUAUCUUGUCUCUGUUUGGUUUAUGUAAAUGACUAUGACUCAGUUGGGGUCUAUUAGAAUAUCCAAAAGGCUUUAAAUUUUUUUUUUUUUUGGUAAAUCUUGGCCAGCUUCUA